UCUUAUAAUUAAAAGACCCCCUUUAACUGGUACCACACAAGUCGUCUAUCACAGUGGCCGAAUCAUUCAUCCCAAAAAUGGCUCAUUUCCGGCAAGCAGCCACCGCGUUGGUCCUCAUUUUCCAGUUCCAUCUCCUCUUUUCUCUUUCAAAUGCCCACAACAUAACAAAAAUUUUAGCCAAAGACCCUGAUUUCUCUACUUUCAACCACUACCUCACAGCCACUCAUCUCGCCGAUGAGAUCAACCGCCGGCAAACGAUCACCGUCCUAGCCGUUGACAACUCAGCAAUGAACUCAAUUCUCUCCAAAGGCUACUCACUUUACACUAUCCGCAACAUCCUCUCCCUACAUGUCCUCGUCGAUUACUUUGGCGCCAAGAAGCUCCACCAGAUCACCGACGGCACUACAUCCACCGCAUCCAUGUUCCAAUCUACCGGAUCCGCUACAGGAACUUCUGGCUACGUUAACAUCACCGACAUAAAAGGUGGGAAAGUUGCUUUCGGAGUCCAAGACGAUGAUAGCAAGCUCACAGCUCAAUACGUCAAAUCUAUAUUUGAGAAGGCUUACAACAUCUCUGUUCUUCACAUCAGCCAAGUCUUGACUUCACCGGAGGCAGAAGCUCCAACUGCGAGCCCUAGCGAUCUCAUCCUCACCACAAUCCUCGAGAAACAAGGAUGCAAGGCUUUCUCCGACAUCUUAAAAUCCACAGGCGCCGACAAAACGUUCCAGGACACCGUCGAUGGAGGCUUGACGGUAUUUUGUCCUUCCGACAGCGCUAUCGGAAAAUACAUGCCUAAGUUUAAAGCUCUCUCUGCUGCGAACAAGACGGCGUUAGUGUUAUACCACGGCAUGCCGGUUUACCAGUCUUUGCAGAUGCUUAGAUCAGGUAACGGCGCCGUUAACACGUUAGCGACGGAAGGUGACAACAAGUUUGAUUUCACCGUUCAGAACGACGGAGAGGAAGUGACGCUUGAGACGGACGUUGUGACGGCGAAGAUUACGGGGACGUUAAAAGAUCAAGAGCCGUUGAUAGUUUACAAGAUUGAUAAAAUUUUGUUGCCGAGAGAGAUCUAUAAGACUGUUAAGGCGGCGGCUUCAGCUCCUAAGUCGAGUAACCAUAAACCUAAAAACGCGGAGGCCGAUGAAGACGCCGAUGGACCCAGCGCUGAUGCUCCUGGAGAUGAUGACGGUGAGGUUGCUGAUGAUAAAAAUGGUGCCGUGUCGGUCAUGAUUACUCAAAAGAGUACCUUCGUUACGGCGAUUGUCGGGCUUUGUUUUGGAGUUUGGCUCAUGUGAUGUUACACGUGGCAUUUGCCUCGGUCGGGCAACUUGUUUCUUUUUGUUGAUUUCUUUUUUCUUGUUCGAUCUUUUGAUUUUUAAACAAAAAAAAUAUUUGAAAAUUCUUUUUUACUUUAAUAUUUGUGUGAGUGGUUUGGAAUAAUUAAUUGUUCCACUUGUUUGGAUCGGAUUUGUUUAACUGAAGAAAAAAAGAUAUGUGAUGAGGAUUCCUAUGAAUGAGUAAUUGAUACGUU